AUGCUCGCGCCUGGCCAGGGCCCCAGAGGGCCGCUGCUGAGCAUGCCCGGGCGCCGGGGGGCGCUGCGUGAGCCGACCGACUUUGGCUCCAGUCUAGGGGCAGCGCUGGCCCUGCUGUUGCUGCUGCUGCCCGCCUGCUGCCCGGUAAGGGCUCAGAACGACACGGAGCCCAUCGUGCUAGAGGGCAAGUGCUUGGUGGUGUGCGAUUCCAGCCCAUCGGGGGAUGGCGCCGUCACUUCUUCUCUGGGCAUUUCUGUGCGCUCAGGCAGUGCCAAGGUGGCCUUCUCCGCUACUCGGAGCACCAACCACGAGCCUUCAGAGAUGAGCAACCGUACCAUGACCAUCUACUUCGACCAGGUCUUAGUAAACAUUGGCAACCACUUUGACCUUGCCUCCAGCAUAUUCGUGGCACCAAGAAAGGGAAUCUACAGCUUCAGUUUCCACGUGGUCAAAGUGUACAACAGACAAACUAUCCAGGUCAGUUUAAUGCAGAAUGGCUACCCAGUGAUCUCUGCAUUUGCAGGAGACCAGGAUGUUACCAGGGAAGCAGCCAGCAAUGGUGUUCUGCUGCUCAUGGAGAGAGAAGACAAAGUUCAUCUCAAACUGGAGAGAGGCAACCUCAUGGGAGGCUGGAAAUACUCCACAUUCUCGGGCUUCUUGGUUUUUCCUCUAUAGACAGAGUC